AUGAAUUCUCAAUUCGUCAUAUCCCUCGGAUGCUUUUUUGCUUUGCUAGUUCCUGCUGGCGGACUUUUUAACUUUAUCGGAACUGAUCAGUAUGUGGUUGUCACUGGAAGAUUUUUCUGUGAAGGUAUGCCUGCGUCAGAUGUUCUUGUGAAGUUAUACGAGGAUGGAACUAUCUAUGAUACGAAACUCGACUCUACAAGAACAUACCCGGAUGGAACAUUCCGAGUAGCUGGUCAAUACACUAAGAUUUUUGACAUGGAUCCAAAGAUUAACAUUUACCACAGCUGUAAUCAUUAUGGACUCUGCGACAAGAAGAUCACUAUUGAAAUUCCGCAUGAAGCGAUUUCGGAUAGAUUUGGCUAUGACAUGGAUAACAGUUUCGAUAUUGGAACUUUGAAUUUAGCUGACGGAUUCAGUGGAGAGUCUAGCGAUUGCAUUCAUUAA